ACUAGUAUUCACUUUUUCUAACCUCUAAUUCCAAGUCCAACUAACCAAAUGUCUAUUGAAUAGUGACUACUACUUUUCUUCAUCUUCUUAUUCUUCUUUCACUUUCAAUCUUUCAUAAUAAUUCUCUUGAUCCCUUUUUCUUUCUCUCUCAAUCAAAGAUUUGUGAAUGGCCAACUCAACUUAAAGCUUCCAUUUAUUUCCAACACUCAAACGUAUCUUCCAAUAUAUCUUGAAGAUUCCCACUUUUUUUGGUCCUCAAUCAAAUCCCUUUAUACAUUCAAAUACACCAUUCUAAUUUCUAUGACCAAAAGAUACAACUAUACCAAAUCUUUCACAACCCACUUUUGCACUAAAUUCAAUGCUAAUAGUUCCAGUUUACCAAAACAUUGGAAAAAGGCCAUGAUGCUGACCACAACAUGGCAAACACAUUCUUAACCUCGUCCAAUAUUUUUAAAUUGCAGUUGCGAUCACAUAGCAACUUGUGAUCAAACACAUUAGAUAAAUUUCAACCGCAACCAUAGAAACAAAAGAAGAAAAAAAUCAUCAGCCCAGAUCGCAAUCGCGGACUUUUUAAAAAAACCUUGAUUAGAUAUUAGAUAUUAGAAUCACCACCAUAUAUCAUCAUUAUUAUGCAAUAAACCUUGCAAAUUUGAGAUAUAUGCUCCCUGAUUUUCUGCUUUACAAUUUCUUCCAUUAUGUCCUCAUGUCAAACAAAAAAUCUUAAACAUAAACAAAACAAGAUCAGAAAACGAGGUUGUUCCUCCAUAACUUCCUCAUCUACCUUUUCAAGAAGAUACAGAUUCAAGAAAGCCAUUUUGAUUGGGAAGAAAAGUGGAAACACUACACCACCACCCAUUUGGAAAAUAAGUACUACAAGAUCACCUAUGGAAACUCAUCAUCAUCAUCAUCACCAUCAUUCUACAAAAACCACACCUUUACAUUCUUCUGGUUCUGGAUUACAUUCCAAAGAGAAGAAGGAACUUUCUGUAUCUGCUAGAAAACUUGCUGCUACACUAUGGGAAUUCAAUGAUUUAACUCCUUCAAGUCUCAAGAAGGAACCAAUGAAAAGCAAUAAGGACAAUGUUGAGAGGUUAUGUAGAUCAGUUUUAUUGGCACCACAGAAGUUAGAUCCAUUGUUUAGUCCUUUCUCAGAGAAGGGAAAAAAUGAACUAAAAGACAAGAAGAAUUGUGGUAAAUGCGAGGUUGGAGUCAAGAACCGUCUUAAGGAUGCUAAAAGUGCCAUAUCUACAUCGAAGAAGCUUCUAAAGUUGUUAAGUCAAAUGGUUGUCGAAAAUAAUGAUUCAUCGAGAAGUAUGCCUCUAAUCUUUUCUAUGAGUAAUGAGCUUGAUCGUGCCCGCUCCCAAAUUGAUCAAUUCAUCCAAGAACAAAGCUCAAACCAGAAUGAUAUUGAGAAUCUCUUGAAUCAUUUUGUAGAAGAAAAGAUUGCUUGGAAAAGAAGAGAAAAAGAGAAGAUUCGCGAGGCUACAACGAGCAUAGCACAAGAGCUCGAGGUAGAGAAGAAGCUAAGAAGACAAACUGAGAGGCUAAACAUGAAGAUUGCCAAAGAAAUGGAGAAUGUAAAAGCUUCCUAUUCAAAAUUGUUGAAAGAGCACGAAAGGGAGAAAAGGGCUAAAGAAAUUUUGGAGCAAGUUUGUGAUGAACUAGCCAAAGGGAUUGGAGAAGAUAGAGAACAAAUAGAGGAAAUGAAAAGGGAGUCGGGGAAAAUUCGAGAAGAAGUUGAAAAGGAGAGGGAAAUGCUUCAAAUAGCCGAUGUUUUGCGCGAGGAACGAGUCCAUAUGAAGCUCUCAGAAGCUAAACAUCAUUUUGAAGAGAAAAAUGCAAUGCUUGAAAAUAUUAGAAAUGAACUUGAGAACUUUAUAAGAAAUAAAGUACAAGAGAAAGGCGACGAUCUUGAUGCUAAUCAAGGGCUUGAAAAACUCAAGAAUCUUGAAUUCUAUUUAAACAAGAAAUUUUUAGAAUUUCAAAAUGUGGAAGAGAAUGAUUUGAUUAUUAAAGAUUCAAUAGACAAUGAAGAUGAAUCUGUUGAAAGUGAUCUUCAAUCUAUUGAAUUAAGCAUGGAUAAUGAGAAUACAAGCUAUAAGUGGAGUUAUGCAUGUGAGAAUAUUCCACAUUUUGAAGCAAAAAGAGUUUCAAUUGAUAAAGAUAUAGGGAGAACAUCUUUUUCUGAUUGGGGAAGUAUAUGUUUCAAUAAAGGUACUAAAAAGAAGGACUUUGUUGAUAUUCAAGAAAGUUGUGAUCAACUUGAAAUUGGAAAAUCACUUGAAUUUAUUUUUGGAGAUGAAAUACAAAAAGGUAAGAUAGAAAAUGAGAGUUUAAGGUGCAUUGAUGGUGAAGCAGGGGAAAAUGCUCUGUUUUUGGAGGGGUGUGAUAUGAAGAAAGAGUGUGCAAAACGAAACUGAAAGGAUUUAUUUUUAAUUUUAUAGGUUAGUAGUACCAUAUAAUUUUUUCCUUUCCAUUUUUGGUUUUUUGUUACUAUUUAUUUUUCAUAGAGAGUUUAUAUUCGGAACAAACAAAGUUUACACCAACUGUUUUUUGAGCAUAGUUCAAUUGGUAAAAAUACCACAUUUUAUAUGUAGGGUUUGGAGUUUAAAUCUGGAAUUUCCACUUAUUCAUCUCAUAAGGUGAAUUUUAGCCAUUAAAUUAUUGAAAAAAAAAGU